CUGCCGUUUGAUCCGUUCCUCCCAACUUGGUUUUCAACAAACAGCUGUCUUCUCUCUCUCUGUCUCUCAACCUUGACUCUCUCUCUCUAGAUCUCUCCCCGUCCAUGCCAAUCACUUCAUUACAACUUCCGGCCCAUAACCUGAGCACAUUUUCUGCCAGAAAUGCCAGCUUCAGGCUUCGUGGGUCCCCACUGAACCCAUCAAACAGAAACCCUUCGUCCACUUCACUCACCGUUAAAUCCGCUGCAACCACCGAAUCCAAUAGAACACAUCUAUCCAACCUUGAAAAACUACUUCAAACGGAUUCCAAGCCAAACCCAAUUGGUCCGGUAGAUGGCUCACGGGAAAACAGAGGGAAGGGCCUGUUGGAAGGCCUAAACUUGGCGGCCAAGCCAAACCCAAUUGGUCCAGUGGAUGGCUCACAGGAAAUUAAAGGGAAGGGGCUGUUGGAAGGCCUAAACUUGGCGGCCAGAAUCUGGCCGGAGAUGAAGGCGGCCGAGGACAUGUCGCCGCGGCACCUCAACCGGCUCCAGCGGCUGCUAUCCAAGUCCCCGGAUCAUUCCCCGAGGAACAGCCUCGGCAGCCGCUGGCGGGAGUACCACGGCCGCGACGACUGGUCCGGCCUCCUCGACCCGCUUGACGAGAACCUCCGGCGGGAGGUGGUCCGGUACGGCGAGUUCGUCCAGGCGGCCUACCACAACUUCCACUCCGACCCCGCCACGUUGGCGGACGAGGCUCCGGCCCCGCGCCACGUGGCAGUGCCGGACAGGUCUUACAGGGUGACCAAGAGUCUCUACGCCACGUCAUCGGUCGGCUUGCCGAAGUGGAUCGAUGAUGUGGCGCCAGACCUCGGGUGGAUGACCCAACGGACGAGCUGCGUUGGAUACGUGGCCGUCUGCGACGAUCGUCGCGAGAUCGCGCGGAUGGGGAGGAGGGACAUUGUCAUCGCGCUCCGCGGGACCGCCACGUGCCUCGAGUGGGCAGAGAACGUGCGGGACCUACUGGUCCCGAUUCCGGACCAAAAAAACCCAACCCACAAACAACCCAAGGUUGAAUGCGGUUUCUUGAGUCUAUACAAUACACGUGGGGCUCACGUGCCAAGCUUGGCCGAGUCAGUAGUUGAUGAAAUCCACAGACUAAUGGAAAAGUACAAGGGCGAGACACUAAGCAUCACAGUAACUGGACACAGCCUCGGUGCGGCCUUAGCCUUACUGGUAGCCGAUGAAGUGAGCACUUGCGCACCCAACGUGCCGCCGGUGGCCGUCUUCUCGUUCGGCAGCCCUCGUGUCGGCAACAGAGGCUUCACCGAUCGAAUCACCGCGAGAAACGUCAAGGUGUUACGCAUCGUGAACAACCAAGACGUGAUCACCAGGGUGCCGGGGAUGUUCGUCAGCGAAGGCCUCGACAGGACCCUCAGGAACUCCAGCGCGGCCCCGGUGCUGGACGUGCUCGACAACAACAUGCCGUGGGCUUACUCGCACGUAGGGACCGAAUUGAGAGUGGACACGAGAAUGUCGCCGUACCUAAAACCGGACGCGGACGUAGCGUGCUGCCACGACUUGGAGGCGUACUUGCAUCUCGUGGACGGGUUCUUGUCGUCGAAUUGCCCGUUCAGAGCGAAUGCCAAGAGAAGUCUAGUGAAGUUGGUGCAUGAACAAAACUCUAAUGUGAAGAAAUUGUACACGAAUAGGGUAAAGGCCUUGAGCUUGAAUAUUGAGAGGGAGGGGUUCCCUAUGUCAAGUUGCUUGCCUAGUCCUUCUUGACCAUGCUAAUAAAAGUAAAAUUAUGGAGGUUGUACAGAAGAAAAACUAUUCUGUAUGAGUUCAAUUACUGCCAAAAUCUAAUGACUUAAUGUUAAAAGGUCCAUAUCUCUUUUUGGAUA